AUGUUGGUGGCGGUGACCAGUAGGACCAGAACGACCACCACCUAAUCGUCCUCAGGCCUGGGCUCCCCAACCAUUAUGGGUUGCUGCCUCCGACGGCUGCAGCUGCUCUCCACCUGCGUGGCCUUCUCCCUGGGGGCCAGCGUGGGCACCUGGCAGGGGCCCAUAGGUAACUGGUCCAUGUUCAUCUGGUGCUUCUGCUUCGUCGUGACCCUCAUCACCCUCAUAGUCGAGUUAUGUGAGCUCGAGGAUCACUUCCCCUUCUCCUGGGACAACUUUCUCAUCACCUGCAACUGCUACUCUGCCCUCCUCUGCCUCUCAGCCUCCAUCAUCUACCCCACCACCUACAUUCAGUUCUUGCCCGACAGCCGCUACCGGGACCGCGCUGUCACCUCCACUGCAUUCUCCUGCCUCGCUUUUGUGGCUUAUGCCAUGGAAGUGGCCUGGACUAGGGCCCAGCCCAACGUGAUCACAGGCUAUAUGGCCACCGUGCCAGGCCUGCUCAAGGGGCUGGAGACCACUGUGGCCUGUGUCAUCUUCGUCUUCAUCAGCAGCCCCUACCUGUACCUGCAGCAGCCGGCCCUGGUGUGGUGCGUGGCUGUGUACUCCAUCUGCUUCCUCCUGUCAUCUGUGGCCCUCCUGCUGAACCUGGGCAAGUGUGACAACAGGCUGCCCGUCCCCUUCCCCAUUUUCCAGGUUGUGCUCACCCUGCUCUCCGUCCUCCUCUACGCCACUGCUCUGGUCCUCUGGCCGCUCUACCAGUUCAACCAGAAGUUCGGCGGCCAGCCCCAGCGGUCCAGCGAUGUGAGCUGCAGCGAUAGACUCACCUCCUUGGUGUGUACCUGGAACCAACGACUGGCUGUGGCCAGUCUGACAGCCAUCAACCUGCUGAUUUAUGUGACUGACCUGGUGUUCUCGGUCCAUCUGGAUUUUGUCAGGGGCUGA